CCGGUUCUCACCCAACUUCCAUUAAGGAUUUGGGGCAGGAGGUGCAGGAGGUGCAGAAGUUGCGCGCGAGCAGCUGGCCAGAGCGGAACACCGAGGCCGGCGUGCGGGUGUGCGGGAGCUGAGCACAGAUCGGGCAAAGAGCGAGGAGCGCGGCAUGGAGCGUCCGGCGCCCCGUGCCUGCCUCUCCCUACUGUGGUGCUACGUGCUGGGCGCCGUCGCGGCGCAGGGCAAGGAAGUGGUACUGUUGGACUUCGCUGCGGCUAAAGGGGAACUCGGCUGGCUCACACACCCGUAUGGCAAAGGGUGGGACCUGAUGCAGAACAUCAUGGACGACGCGCCCAUCUACAUGUACUCCGUGUGCAACGUGGUGGCCGGGGACCAGGAUAACUGGCUCCGCACCAACUGGGUGUACCGCGGCGAGGCCGAGCGCAUCUUCAUCGAGCUCAAGUUCACGGUGCGUGACUGUAACAGCUUCCCGGGGGGGGCCAGCUCCUGCAAGGAGACCUUCAACCUCUACUACGCCGAGUCAGACGUGGACUACGGCACCAACUUCCAGAAGCGCCAGUUCACCAAGAUCGACACCAUCGCCCCCGACGAGAUCACGGUCAGCAGCGACUUCGAGGCCCGCCACGUGAAGCUGAACGUGGAGGAGCGCUCUGUGGGGCCGCUCACCCGCAAGGGCUUCUACCUGGCCUUCCAGGACAUCGGUGCCUGCGUGGCGCUGCUCUCCGUCCGAGUCUACUACAAGAAGUGUCCCGAGCAGCUGCAGGGCCUGGCCCGCUUCCCCGAGACCAUCGCGGGCUCCGAUGCACCCUCCCUGGCCACCGUGGCUGGCACCUGUGUGGACUACGCCGUGGUGCCGCCCGGGGGUGACGAGCCCCGCAUGCACUGUGCGGUCGACGGCGAGUGGCUGGUGCCCAUCGGCCAGUGCCUGUGCCAGGAGGGGUACGAGAAAGUGGAGGACGCCUGCCAGGCUUGCUCGUCUGGAUUCUUCAAGUCAGAGAUAAGUGAGAGCCCCUGUUUGGAGUGCCCAGCACACACCCUGCCGUCCCCCGAGGGGGCCACCUCCUGUGAGUGUGAGGAGGGCUACUUCCGGGCCCCGCGGGACCUGCUCUCCAUGCCCUGCACGCGCCCGCCCUCUGCCCCAAGCUACCUCACGGCCGUGGGCAUGGGUGCCAGAGUGGAGCUGCGCUGGACGCCCCCCCUGGACAAUGGUGGCCGUGAAGACAUCAGCUACAAGGUCACGUGUGACCAGUGCCUGCCCGAGUCGGGCGAGUGCAGGCCGUGCGAGGCCAGCGUGAGCUACUCUGAGCCACCGGACAUGCUGACCCGCACCAGCGUGACGGUCAGCGACCUGGAGCCCCACAUGAACUACACCUUUGCCGUGGAGGCCCGCAACGGCGUGUCAGACCUGGUGGCCAGCCGCAGCGUCCGCACCGCCAGCGUCAGCAUCAACCAGACAGAGCCCCCCAAGGUGAAGCUGGAGGACCGCAGCACCACCUCGCUGAGCGUGUCUUGGACCAUCCCCCUGCCACAGCGGAGCCGGGUGUGGAAGUACGAGGUCACCUACCGCAAGAAGGGGGACUCCAACAGCUACAAUGUGCGCCGCACUGAGGACUUCUCCGUGACCCUGGACGACCUGGCUCCGGACACCACCUACCUGGUCCAAGUGCAGGCGCUGACGCAGGAGGGCCAGGGUGCCGGCAGCAAGGUGCACGAGUUCCAGACGCUGGCCACCGAAGGGUCUGCCAACGUGGCGGUGAUCGCCGCCGUGGCGGUGGUCGUCGCCGUGGUUCUGGUGCUGGCCGGAGUCGGCAUCUUCAUCCUCCGCAGGAGGAAGAGCCUGCGGACCCGCCAGUCCUCAGAGGACGUUUACUUCUCCAAGUCAGAACAACUGAAGCCCCUGAAGACGUAUGUGGACCCCCACACAUACGAGGACCCCAACCAGGCCGUGCUCAAGUUCACCACCGAGAUCCAUCCGUCCUGUGUCUCGCGGCAGAAGGUGAUCGGAGCGGGAGAGUUUGGGGAGGUGUACAAGGGGACACUGAAGGCAUCCGGGAAGAAGGAGGUGCCUGUGGCCAUCAAAACGCUGAAAGCCGGCUACACGGAGAAGCAGAGAGUGGACUUCCUCAGCGAGGCCAGCAUCAUGGGCCAGUUCAGCCACCACAACAUCAUCCGCCUGGAGGGCGUCGUCUCCAAAUGUGAGGAGCGCGGUUGGGGGGCCCUUGGGGAGGAGGGCCUGACCCGCAGGGGAGCGGAGUGGAGCCGCCCACUAGGGUCCCCGAACGGGGGGCUUCGCCCUCGGCUGUUCCCGCCACCCACACCCCCAGCUGCACCCACAGCCCCGUCGGCGCCAUCCCCUUACACCUGUGCCCACCCCGCAGACAAGCCCAUGAUGAUCAUCACGGAAUACAUGGAGAACGGCGCCCUGGACAAGUUCCUUCGGGAGAAGGACGGCGAGUUCUCCGUGCUGCAGCUGGUGGGCAUGCUGCGGGGCAUCGCGGCCGGCAUGAAGUACCUGGCCAACAUGAACUACGUCCACCGCGACCUGGCCGCCCGCAACAUCCUCGUCAACAGCAACCUGGUCUGCAAGGUGUCUGACUUCGGCUUGUCCCGCGUGCUGGAGGACGACCCCGAGGCCACCUACACCACCAGCGGCGGCAAGAUCCCCAUCCGCUGGACGGCCCCGGAGGCCAUCUCCUACCGCAAGUUCACCUCGGCCAGCGACGUGUGGAGUUAUGGCAUUGUCAUGUGGGAGGUGAUGACCUACGGCGAGCGGCCCUACUGGGAGCUGUCAAACCACGAGGUGAUGAAAGCCAUCAACGACGGCUUCCGGCUGCCCACGCCCAUGGACUGUCCGUCCGCCAUCUACCAGCUCAUGAUGCAGUGCUGGCAGCAGGAGCGGGCCCGCCGCCCCAAGUUCGCCGACAUCGUCAGCAUCCUGGACAAGCUCAUCCGGGCUCCCGACUCCCUCAAGACCCUGGCUGACUUUGACCCCCGGGUGUCCAUCCGGCUGCCCAGCACCAGCGGCUCGGAGGGGGUGCCCUUCCGCACGGUGCCCGAGUGGCUCGAGUCCAUCAAGAUGCAGCAGUACACGGAGCACUUCCUGGCGGCCGGCUACACGGCCAUCGAGAAGGUCGUGCAGAUGACCAACGAUGACAUCAAGAAGAUCGGGGUGCGGCUGCCAGGCCACCAGAAGCGCAUUGCCUACAGCCUUCUGGGCCUCAAGGACCAGGUGAACACAGUGGGCAUCCCCAUCUGAGCUCCGCCAGGGCCUCUCGCGCCCCGCGGCCAAGAAUACUUGAAGAAACGGUGGCCUCCCUGCCCGUCCUGCACCUGGCCACUGGGGACCUUAUUUAUUUCUAGUUGUUUCUCAUUGGUGCCACCCCCAGGCCUCUGCUUGGGGCAGGGGCGGCUCUCAGAUGACACCCUGGCCUGAACUGAGGAAAUGCUCAGGGACCCCGGGCCGGGGGGGGCUUCUUGGCCCACAAAGGAUAGCCGGCCGAGCACUUAGCAGGCGCCACAGGCACCGAGUGAGUGUCCGGGGACAGGCAGGAGCCCCACCGAGGCCCUCGGACGCAUGCAUGGGACAUUUCCAAACCGGCCUCCCUUGCGCCGUCUCGGGAGGUGGCCACAGGAACAGGGUACUUGGAGCCCCACCCUCUCAGGAGAAGAGGGCCCCAACAGCGGACAUAGCCGGGUGAGACCCAAAGUAGUCCCCCCACCCUCCAGUGCCUUCUGCAGACCCCCAGGCCCUGUCCUCGGCCCCCGUGGGCCCAACCCCUGACUCCCCAGGGCCCUCACAGGAUGCUUGGUUGUGUUGAGGUUUUUAAAAUAUAUAUUUUGUACUUUGUGGAGAGAAUGUGUGUGUGACAGGGGGCCCAGCCAGGGCUUGGGACAGAGGACAGCCGGCGUUGGACAUUCCCCAGGCUGGGGGCUGGUCCAUCCAUCUCUUGCCGCUUUAACACAAUGUCAUUGCUCCAUCAGUGUUCAUGAUUUUGUUUUGUUGGUUAUUUUUUUCGAACCUUAAUUUAUUACUUUUUUUUUAUAUUUAUUGUUAGGAAAUGACUUAUUUCUGCUCUGGAAUAAAGUUGCAGAUAGCUCACAC